AUGGAUACCUUUUUUACUGAAGAUCGCAUCCUGUUCCCGGCCUCGAAACAUAUCCUGAAGCCUAGGUCCAAAGAGAUGCGGAUCAACUUGUUCAAUGUAAUCAUCAAUGACAAUCCAGCACAGCUCCGAGCCGUUAACCGUAUCGUCAAUCAACGUGCUGGAUCACCCCCCUUUGUAGUUUUUGGGCCACCCGGCACGGGAAAGACGAUCACUAUCGUCUAGAGUAUUCUACAGCUCGUACACAAUCUUCCCAAAGCUAGGAUUCUUGCCUGUGCUCCCAGCAACUCAGCUGCCGAUCUUAUCACCGAAAGACUAGCCGCCCGUAUGAACCCAAACGAGCUGUUCCGUGUUGUUGCUCCGUGUCGGUUCAAACACCAGGUUCCCGAUGUCGUCAAACCAUUCACGUUCGCGUUACCGAAUGGCUACUUUUCCGUGGCUCCUAUGGCACAGAUGAAGAGCUUUAAAGUGAUUGUCACGACUUGUGUUUCAGCUGCGAUUCUUUCUGGGAUUGGGAUCCCGAGAGGCCAUUUCUGUCGCAUCUUCAUUGACGAAGCUGGACAAGCAACGGAGCCUGAGGCGUUCGUUUCCAUCAAAGUGUUGGCGGACAGCGCUACCAACGUCAUUUUGUCUGGAGAUCCAAAACAGCUUGGACCCGUCAUUCGCUCAGGCAUAGCACGAGCAUUGGGACUAGAGACCAGCUACCUGGAGCGCCUUAUGAGGCGUAAAGCAUAUGGAGCUCAAGAAGUCAAUGAAGUAACUGGGGUGAAACUUGUGAAGAAUUAUAGAUCCCAUGACGCGAUCUUAAAGUUCCCCAAUGAUCAGUUCUAUGGUGGAGACCUUCAACCAUGUGCGGAGCCCCUCACUACCGAUGUUUGCCUCACCUCGUCGAUCCUGCCAAACCCGAAGUUUCCUGUCGUUUUUCAUUCCGUGUCUGGAAAGGAUGACCGGGAGGCAUCCUCCCCGUCUUUCUUCAACAUUGAAGAAGUACUCCAGGUCAAAGAUUAUAUCUGUUAUUCAGACCAGCAACUAAGCCAACUUGCUCUGACAGCGGACAAAGAUAUUGGCAUUAUAACCCCUUAUCACGCACAAUGCCUCAAGCUCAGGUCUUCUCUUCGUGGUGUUGCUGAUGGGGUGAAAAUUGGAUCAGUGGAGGAGUUUCAAGGACAGGAAAGACGCGUCAUCAUCAUCUCAACUGUACGCAGUAGUCGGGAGUUUGUUGAAUACGAUCUCCGACACACCCUUGGCUUCGUAGCCAACCCACGUCGGUUCAAUGUUGCAGUUACACGUGCGCAGGCGCUUCUUAUCGUCGUUGGCGAUCCGCAUGUAUUAUCACUGGACCCACUUUGGCGUUCCUUCCUCAACUACGUCUACCUCAAUGGUGGAUGGACCGGCCCAAAUAUUACAUGGGACCCGACCGACGAGGCUGGAGGGCACGAUCGUGCGAUUCGUGCAGCUGCACAGUUGGACAUGAACGACUUGACACGUCGUAUUGCAGAAGCCAUACCGGACACACUGGAUGGAGUAGGGGAUGAAGACCCAGACGCCAAUGUUGAUCGCCCUUGGAGGGAUGUUGAAUAA